AACAAAGGAAACUCAUAGAAACAAGCAGGGACAGGCAAAGAAAUGGAAACCGCCUCCGACGAGCCAAGUGUUUGCUGAGCCCGGGAAAUUCCCACUAUUUUCUCCAAGUUCGUGACUGGAGUGCCUGGAAAGAUGGCUAGGGCAGGGAGUGGGGGCAUCAAGGAAGUGCCAAAAGGAGUCUGGGGUUCUUUACAGACAGAUCUGGGUGACCCAAAGUACUUUCACUUCCUCUUUUCCAAUGGUAGGCGCCAGUAAACUGGCGCUCACAAGACUCCGCGGAGAAGAAAUGCGAAUUCAGGAUUUAGCUGCUUCCUUGAGAAGAGAGACAACCAGCAAGGAACGUUCAAGUGUCUCCUUACACUCCUCAGCUAGGCAAAGAGGGUAAAAGAUGGAAAUAGUGUGAAAUGGGUUGCGAGAAGAGUAGCUCACAUAUACCAUACUUUAAGUUCGUUGCUGGAUCUGGGAAUUAGCUUAGUCAUUCUGGAAAACAAUUUAGAAUCACAUGAGAGAAGUCACUGAACUGUGCGUACCCUCUGACCUAGCGAUUCCACUGCUAGUCAAAGACAGAAAAAUCCCAUUAUGUAUCAAUAUUCAUAACAGCAUGUGGUAGCAAAAACUUGGAAACAAGGUAAGUGUCCAUUGAUUAGAGAAAUAUUUUUAAAGGUGGUAUGUGGGUAUAAAAAAUAUUGUGCCUUAAGUAAUGAUAAAUAGGAGAUACUCAGAAAUUUGGGGAGCCUUAUGUAUGAAACCAAAGAUGAAAAAAAGCAGACCCUAAAGAACAAACAAUAUACACAAUGAUUGACAAUGUAAAUGAAUACAACAUUUAGAUCAAAUGUCAAUAUUAUCGAUCAAAGGUCAAUAUAAGUUACAGAUAACGGAUGAUGGAACAUUCUACUUUCCUCUUGAUAGAGAAUUGGAGGGCUGUAAGUGCAUAAUGUUAAACUCUCAGUCAAGGUUGAGGUAAACGCCUUUGUUUAAUUUUUUUUUUUGUAAUUAUUGUAAAGGAUAGUGCAGGGGAGAAAGGAGGAUUACUGUUAAGUAUAGUGUAGAAAAUGGUGCGUUCAUAAGACAUUUUUUAAAAUAAAAGAAAGAAACAAAAAUACUUAAGUGUUGGCCUCCGAAGACUGCGGACUCAGCUAUAGGGGGAAUCUAGACUCUGGAUGGGGGUGGGGCGUUCUGCGCGAGAGUGCCAGGUCUAGGUUGGGGGGCGGGGCAUGAUGUCACAGCCCUCCCCCACGCCGCCAGAGUAUUUACCUUCGAACAGAGACGGCCGCUGGAGGUAAGGGGCACAGGGUAGAGGAGAAAUAGAAAUGGGAAGAUAGCCCCGCAAGUAUAUACAUUGACCAAAUCUGACCUAGAAGAUGGGCAACCUGGCCCUUUUCCUUCUACUUUCUGAUUAUAGGCCGUUAUGAAAUUCACCUUUCUUUCCUUAUGAUUUCCCAGUCUUCCUCGCACAAACAAAAAAACUCAGCCCUAAAUGAAAUAAUCACCCCAGAUUCAGUUUCUGGGUUUGACUCAAUCCCUGUUAACCUCUAUCUCCAGCACCUAUUCCCUAUUCUCAGCAGCUAAUAUGUCCUUCUUUACAGCCUCCAUUCCUAACCCUAAAUAGUGACUCUUUUAGUCUAAUGCUAAACCAUAGCCCUCCUUCCCCAACUCUUCCUUCUGCACUUAACUCCUCUUCCCUAUCCACUCUUGAGUUUUAACCUAGUUUUAGUUUAGUUUAGUGAGCCCAGCCCUAAAUCAUAGUCCCUACUUCCCCAUCUUCACUCCAUCCUUUCCUACUCUAACUCCAGUUCCUCACAUUCCUGUGUUCCUUUCCUCUCUCUGUGACUUGACUCCUUUGCUCUCCUAGAAAUCAUGGAGUUUGUAUCUGGUUAUCGGGAUGAGUUCCUCGACUUUGCUGCCCUUCUAUUUGGCUGGUUCCGCAAGUUUGCCUCAGAGCGUGGAACUGGGGUUGGUGGGGGGAAUGGGUCUGAAGGUCGAUCAAGGUUGAUGGAGGCCCAGGUGAGACGGUUGCCCCCAGAUCCUGCCCUCUGGGUCCUUCACAUCUUGCCCAAUCGUAGUGUGGGGAUCAGCUUGGGGCAAGGUGCUAAGCAAGGACCAGGACCAGGUCUGGGAGCUGCCCGUCUUUUGGGAGAUGAGCCCCCGCUCUGUCUCAGAGACCUCAGCCCCUAUGUCAGCUUUGUUAGCCUUGAGGAUGGAGAGGAAGAAGAAGAUGGGGAGGAAGAGGGUACAGGUGGAGAGGAAGGUGAACUGGAGGAGGAAGGAGAGCAGGCCACCACCAGCCGGGAGCCUUCCCAGGAUGCUGAGACACCUGGGGAACCAGAAGAUGCUGAGGAAGAGGCAGGAGAGGACAGCAGUGGAGGGGACACCAGAGAAGAUGGAGAAGAGGAAAUGGGGCCAGAGAAGAGACGGGGAAAGAGAAGUGAUGCUGCCCCCCUACACCUGGCCUGCCUUCUUCUGGUGACUGAUGAACAUGGCACUAUCCUGGGCAUUGACCUCCUGAUGGGUGGACCCCAAGGGAGUGGAGGCAGGGCCACUGGGGCCGAGGGCCUGGCCCAAAGAGCUUACACUCUCCUCUGCCACAGUAUGGCCUGCCCCAUGGGAGCUGGAGACCCUAGAAGACCCCGGCAACUCACAGUGGGAGACCCCCAGCUACAUCGGGAACUGGAAAACUUGGUCCCAAAGCUUGGGGUGAAACUAGCCAAGACCCCAAUGAGGACAUGGGGCCCCCGGCCUGGCUUCACUUUUGCCUCACUCCGUGCCCGUGCCUGUCAUGUGUGCCACAGACACAGUUUUGAAGUGAAGCUGAUGCCCUGCUCCCAGUGUGGUGCAGUCCUAUACUGCGGGGAGACCUGUGUCUGGGCUGACUGGCGACGCAGGCCAGAUGAUGUGAGCCACCGAUUCUGGUGCCCAAGACUUGCAGCUUUCAUGGGGCGGGCUGGGGAGCUGGCAGCCUUACCCUUCACCUACACUGCUGAGGUAACAAGCGAGAUGUUUAACAAGGAGGCAUUCCUGGCCUCCCGAGGCCUCACACGAGGGUACUGGACUCAACUCAGCAUGCUCCUCCCAGGUCCUGUUGCCCCAGGAUGCCCCCCAGGCAAUGGGCCUCCCCUCAGCCUGCUCCUCAGUGGAGAUCCUUACCAGCUGCUUCAAGGAGAUGGACCCCCCCUGAUGCCUCCACUGCCUCCUGACCCACCUCGAGGCCCUUUUGGUUCCUGGCAAGAUUACUAUGCAUGGCGUGGCUUGGGUCUGGACUCUCCUUUGGCUGUUCUCCUUACCUACCCACUGACUGUCUACUAUGUUAUUACACACCUGGUGCCCCAAUCUUUCCCAGAGCUGAAUAUCCAGAACAAACAAUCCCUGAAAAUCCAUGUGGUAGAGGCUGGAAAGGAGUUUGAUCUCAUCAUGGUGUUUUGGGAGCUCUCUGUUCUACUCCCUCAUGUGGCCCUGGAACUGCAGUUUGUAGGUGGUGCUUUGCCUCCUGAGAAUGACCAGCAACAUUUUACGCUUCAGAGGGAUGGAUCAGGAGUGUCUGUCCGUCCAGGCUCUGGGGUAUCUGCUCAUCCAGGCUCAGGAGCUAAAGAGAAGGGAAGCCGUAGAGAUCUUCAGAUCAAGGUUUCUGCCCGGCCCUACCAUCUGCUUCAGGGACCCAAGCCUGAUCUGGUGAUUGGAUUUAAUUCUGGCUUUGGUCUCAAGGACACCUGGUUAAGUUCUCUGCCUCGAUUACAGUCUCUUAGAGUCCCUGCGUUUUUCACGGAGAGCAGUGAGUACAGCUGUGUCAUGGAUGAACAGACCAUGGCUGGGGCCACAGGAGGGGGGACCAGUCCCCCACAGCCCAACCCCUUUCGAUCACCCUUCCGCCUCCGGGCCUCAGACAACUGCAUGCCUUGGUACUAUAAUGCCUUCAUCUUUCACUUGGUCUACAAACCUCCUCAGGGGAGUGGGAUCCGCCCUGCCCCUGGACCUGCCCCCCCUGUCCCAGCCCCAACAGUCCCUCUAGUCCCUGCCAGAAGGCGAAGAGGAGAGAAGAGGCCAAGUCGUGGAGGCCGAAGGCGAAGGGGCAAGAAAAUGAAAGAGAAGCUCGACAUUUUUCCAUGUAUCCCUCAGGAGAUGCAUGGUCCAUUCUGUGAGGAAACCCAGUUCCUGAGCUCUAGCCGUGCUUUUUCUGUCUGCUAUUUUUCUUUCCACCUGGGAUAGUUUUCCAAUCUCAAAGGGA